AUCUCCAAUUAUAGUGCAGGCUGCCUGGAGCAGAACUGUGGGAAGCGCGUGAGGCCUGACAGCUUCUGGCUGGCUUCAUGGACCCUCUCCACACCUCCUGACCUCACAGAGAACUGACACGAGGGUCUCAGUGAUGCGGGGAGCCGUUUCUGCUCCGGGACACACGUUUGCAGGAGCACAAACGACUUUGUGGAAGUUCUGUGGGCAGCUGCCCCACUGAAACACCACCAGUGCACCUUCCUGGUGAGUCUGGUCUGCCAGAGGCACGGUGUCCCUUGCAGGCUCCUGAUGGAGCACAGAGGCAUAAGAAAAGAAGAGAAGCUACAUCACCUUCUGGAUGGUGAACUGGCCCGGCCCCACAGAGUGUAGGAGAUCCAGCACGCAGCGUGAGCCCGAGUGUAGCGGCCGGCACACUCGAGCAGGCCCACAGACCCGUCUCGGGAUGAGCUCUCUUGACCGGCGACACCAGGGAGGCCGAACGGCCAAGCAGGGACAGAUCAAGUACGCUGACGGCUUCAUGGACGAGACGGACCGGGAAGUGAGCAGCCUCACUGACCGCGCCUUCAGGAGCCUCUGCGUUGGGGAGGAGGCUGCCUACACGGACCCCGAGCUCACCUCCUCCCCAAGGGAUGCCUUCGCUGUAGAGCUCCCUGCGACAUUCCAGCACUCCUUCAUAGAUAGUCAGGAUCAGGGUCCCCGGUAUGUGUCUCAAUUGAGCAACGGUGCCAUCGAGGCUAUGUGGCAGAACAGACGCAGUAGGUCGAGAGUCUCAUCCCUUAUAAAAGCCUUCAGCUCAUCCGAGGGUGGGUCUACAAUGGACGGGGCGCCGGAUGGCCGUCGGAGUAACCCGGACGGCUGGACCUGGGAGAGCUCGGCACUGCUCAGCCUCAACAAUGAACUGUCGAAUUUCCCUGCUUACUGCCGGGACCCUUUCACGCCCGCUGCCUCGCUUCAGGCCUCCCAUUUGGGGCCUGCCUCAGCCUCCAGCAAGACACUGAGGAAUAAAGUCAGCAAGGCCACGUUCAGGAAGCUCAGCUCCAUCAACUAUUUCCUCCACAGUGAGCACAGCCCAUUCCAGACAUGGGCGGAUUACAACAGGAUUCCUUGCCAGCGGGAAGCCACACCCCCUACUCUCUCCCCCACUGGCUUUCAUAGGUGGUAUGACUCUCCUCUGUACAAGGAGCUGACUGCAUCCCACGGAAUCCAAACCACCCACUCUGAGGAUGUGAAAUCCUACUGGAUGCUAAGCAAGGACAGGACACCUUCCGAACUCGCAAGAUCAGUGAUUCAGCCCAAGCCUGCUGCGGUGGAGAAGCGCUGUGAGUCAGAAGUGUUGUCCAAAUGCCCUCCGUGGAGAAAGAGCAGGAAUCAGUUGAGCAAUCAGCUCCCGGUGUACCGGCCGAGCACGGCCUCGCCCUGCAGCCACGCGUCCCGGCGACACGACGACGCCUCGUUCUCGGGGAGCCGCCCAUCCGCCGUCCACCAUCAGGUGCACACAUUAGUGGGCGAGCAGACGGCAGGCAGUUGCACCCCGUUCAGCAUCUCGCAGCUUCUCACCCCUGUCCUAAACGCCAGACAAGAAAUGGAAACCUCUGAGGUUUCACAAUAUGAACUUUCGCCUGCCGAUGACCUUGCUGCCCUAAGAGACGCUGAGCCCUGUUCCCCCCCGGAGCUCAAAUUACGGGACAGCUACAAAGCCAUGGCCUCCAGCUUGCUCUUCAACCUCAAAGAUAAUCGGAAGAGGGUGAAGAGCACAUACAGCCCCACGAAGUUCAAAGGCCUGGAGCUAUCGGACUCUGACAAUCUGCCUUGCAGGCAGAACAAUGCUGCUCUUGCAUCAAAAAAAUCUGCUUCUGGGCCUCCUGGGCCUGGAAUCAGUACAAAUGUGCAACCUGGAGCAGCAGAGGCCUGUUCAGUUUAUAGUCCUGCCUUGCAACCCACAAAAGCAUCAGCAGCUGAUCAUAAAAAAUACACUGAAGCCAACAGACUGGAUGACUAUUUCACAUUAAUUUCACCUCCAAAUGUUAAAGAAGCUCCUCUUUACAGUAACUCUGACAGAAUCACACAGGAAAGUACACAGCAGAUAGACCAGGUCUUUGCGAGUCAACAGAGCCAAUACAGGCAUUCACAACAUCUCCCUUCAACAUCCAAUGAAAGCCUAUCUAGAAACAAAUCAAAUCAACCCACCUGGAAAGAGUAUAAGACAAGCCCAACAGAGCAGCUAUCAACAGGAGGACCUACUGGAUCCACCACAGUAACAUAUUCCCUUCAUGAAAGACGAAACUCAUUUUCCGUGAAAGAGAAGGAUGUCAUCAGAAGAGAUGAACUUUUACACAACAAGAUGGACACUACACAAAGUCUGGCGGCUUUCAAAAAACAUGACACUGGACAGGAGGUGCGAGAAAAUCGAAACAGCCCCAACACAGAUGCAUUUAACUUGUGUGAAAAUGUAAAUGUCAGAUCGACAAGAUCUUCACUGAAAGCAGAUGAACUGGUGCAGAAUAAGCCGAGCAGCCAAAUACUUCAGGUGCAGAAGUGGGGUGGUACUACCCAAGGUAUUCAUGCACUGAAGGAAAAAAUAGAAGCAGAUACAGGAUCCCAUACAAGCACUGAAAGACAGAACACUACACAUCGUUUGUUUCCCCAGAAAGAAUCAGAGCACAGCAGAAUAGCGAUGAAUGAAAUCAAAGAAAAGGGCCAUAUACGACAGGGAGUUCUUAAAAUCCAAGUGAAUGACCCGGAUAGCCAUAGCGUGCCAGCAAACUGUCAAAAUCUGCAAGAUCUGAGCAUAGGAACCAUGAAUAGGGCUGAUGGUCAGACUGCUAAAAUCCCUCCAAAAGGACUAAAUGAACUUUCGUCAAGUGGGUUAUACACAGUGCAGAAUGAUGAACCAGCUACAAAACACACACAUUCACUGAAAGAAAGGAAACACGUUUCAGGUGAUAUGCUCCCUAAACCUGAAGGACCUACGGAGAAGAGUGCAUCACAACGAAAUGAGGAACUCCCUGAUCAAGGGCAGAAGUCUGUUGGAUACUCAUCAAACAGAAAAACCACAUCAGAUAAUUACAGUAACUAUACACAAGCCAAACCGAGAGCAGGCCAGCAUGCUACUGGCUUGAAACUUCCUGAAAGUGAUACAACUGCUGCUACAGAACAAGAUCAUAUGAAAAAUGAACAUCCUAGUGAAGACCACUACUGGGCUAAACAGAGUGAACAAAUGACCAAUGAGGAAAUUUUAAACAAACGACAUCCCAGUGUUAGGAAAACUAGGGGAGAGAAAAUGCUUGCACAGAAUAGUAUCAAAGCAAGUACAGAAUAUGAACUCCGCAAAGGUCAAGGUUCGGAUGACCCUGAAACAGAUGGACAAGAAAACAGAGAGAGAUUUAUAAUGAAUGCAGUUAGGAAAAAUGAUGGUUUUGUUCAAGAAAGAAGGAAAAGCUAUCAGGAAUCACAUGCGGCAACAGAACAGGAAGUGAAUGGCAGCCUGAAAGAACAAGGAGCAAGGGAAAAUAAGCACAUAAAAUCCAAACAGCCAGAUGCUAUUGACGAGAAGGUAUUUUCAAGAAUGGAGAGUCAUCCUGUGGGUAAUGGCGAGGCUAUUAUUGGUGGAAAUGACCUGGCAAGAUGCAUGCUUGCUGAAAAAUGUAACAAACACAAUGGAUUAGCAAAUAAAGACAACCAUAAAGUCAAACACAGAAUAUUUACAUUUAACCAAAGAGACCAUGCAAUGCAGGAACUGCUCACAUCAAAAGUCAAAGCUCACGCUCAGAAAGAAAUCAUUGCCAUCAAGGAAAAGGGCCACGCUAAGCGGGAAGGCAUCAUUUCUAGUAGGAAAGACUCUAGAGAACGAGUGAAUGAUGGGCAGCGAAUAGCUAACCAAGGGGUAGCUAUAGCCAGUGAGAACUGGGAUAUGAAAGCUGAAACUCCCCCAAGAGAAUGUUCUAGAACUGACACGCUGCCAAAGAUCAAAGAAAAUGAGGCACCGCAAACAGAAGUAAAACAAGGGACACCUGCCAGUCAGGGAAGUCAGGAAUGGAACCGUACAGCUCCUUUUGCUAAGAAGGAAGGUGCUGGAAAUGCUGGACUUCAUGGAAAGAAGAACACGAUAAAUGACCGACAAGAGUUGUUGCAAACUGGAAACUUACAUAUUCAGAAAGCAUCAAAUGAUAUCAAGGAAACUUACUCAAAACAAGAUUUAAAACAAAAACAUGACACUUGCAUAAGUGAGAAAAAACAAGACCCUGCUGAUAAAGAGGUACAUGAAAACAGGGUCGGUGACAAACAAGAACUUUUGUCAGUUGACAGUGGGAGAGCUGAAACUGUAGCAGUCAACAGCCAAGCUGAAGUUACCCCUGCAGACAAACAGAAAGACAUCACUAUCAAGAAGGUUCUGUCAUAUGGUGAGAAAGGCCACACUCUGAAUAAGAAUGCCUCGCUUGGGGGAAUUCCCAAGGCUUCUCUGGAAUUAUCUGCAAGGACAACAGAAGAAAGUGAUAUUCCUCACAAGGACAGACUUACAAAUAAUAAACAGCCUAAACAUGAAGGCCUUCAGUAUAAAAACAAAGAGCAUACUCAAAAUGAAGCUACUAUAACUGAUAAAUAUUAUCCAUCUGAUCAGGGCAAAUUCCCAACAGAAAACGAGAAUCCUGCCGAAGUAUGUACACUUCCAAACAUAGGGAGUACCAAUGAAAAGCCGCAUAAGGGUCUAUUGAAAGAAAAGGAAAGUGUCAAUGAAGGUGACAGAAUGGAACUAGGCACAAAAGAAGAAUGCAGCACUGUAGUAGCAGCAUCAAUGCAGAAGGUCCAAGAUGGAAAAGAAGACAAGAGUACGGGGACACCAAUGAGGAAUGUCCAAGAUAAAACAGACGACAAGAGUACGGGGACACCAAUGAGGAAUGUCCAAGAUAAAACAGACGACAAGAGUACGGGGACAACAAUAAGGAAUGUCCAAGAUAAAAGAGACGACAAGAGCAUGGGGACAACAAUAAGGAAUGUCCAAGAUAAAACAGACGACAAGAGUACGGGGACAACAAUGAGGAAUGUCCAAGAUAAAACAGACGACAAGAGUACGGGGACAACAAUGAGGAAUGUCCAAGAUAAAACAGACGACAAGAGUACGGGGACACCGAUGAGGAAUAUCCAAGAUAAAACAGACGACAAGAGUACGGGGACACCGAUGAGGAAUGUCCAAGUUAAAACAGACGACAAGAGUACGGGGACACCAAUGAGGAAUAUCCAAGAUAAAACAGACGACAAGAGUACGGGGACACCAAUGAGGAAUGUCCAAGAUAAAACAGACGACAAGAGUACUGGGACACCAAUGAGGAAUAUCCAAGAUAAAACAGACGACAAGAGUACGGGGACACCGAUGAGGAAUAUCCAAGAUAAAACAGACGACAAGAGUACGGGGACACCGAUGAGGAAUAUCCAAGAUAAAACAGACGACAAGAGUAUGGGGACAUCGAUGAGGAAUGUCCAAAGUCGGAAAGAAGUUCUUGGGACAAUAGAGAAUGAGUUUGUUAAAAUUAAUGUUUUUGCAAUUACAAGAAAAGUUGAUACUGAAUGGGAAGACCCUUCUUCAAAGCGUAACAAUGACAACACAAUGCAUGAAAUCACAGAAAGGGGACAGAUGAAAGAGGAAACCGUCACCUAUACAGUGGGCUCUGAGAAUGCUUCAAGAAUUAACAAUCAAACAGUCAAAACUGCUGGAGAAGGAAAGGGCCAUGUUAAACAGGAAUUACCCACUAAACAAAACUGCCCAACAUCAGAAGCUAUAACUGUAGAAGAAUUUUCCAAGCCAGAUAUAAAAAGACCAAUGGAACAUGAUAUACAAGGAGGAAAUGCAACAAAAGAAAUUACUAAACCAGUGGUUCUCAAAGCAGAAGAACAGUCUAAGAUAGUUCCCUUAGUGAAGCAUGAACACACAUUUCCUGCUAUGCUGAGCACAGUAUCACCAACAUCUGCAGAUCAUACUCAGCUGGAGACACUAGGGAAAGAAGAUUCACCUGCAAGAAAGGAUUUACAACCACAAAAGUUCCCCAAAGUACCAACUACAGUAGAAGGCAUAGAAGACAGUAUGUAUGCUAAAUCAAGACAUGAUAAACAAAUGGUAUUUGAAGAACAGCCUGCAGAACCAGAGAUAAUUAGAACUAUAAAGUCCAGUAAACCUUUUAAACGUCCAGCAACAGAAAACCCUAAAUUUGACACAGAUAGAAUUAAACUUAAUAUGAGCCCUGAAGUUCUUGCAAAAAAGGAAGAUCAUGAGAGGAAUUUAUGUUAUACACACAACGACAGUACUGAAUUACAGACAUUCGCAACAAAGGACCACACGAAAGUGCUAAUGUCUGCAGCUGAAGAUCAUAAAUCAGAUGGUCACAAUCAGGCUCACGCCUUUUCAGCUGAAGAGUAUGGAAGAAAGAGUGGAAGAAAAAGCCCUAAAUCAGAUGUAUUUGAAAUGAAGGAACUUACUAAAUCAGGGAGCCAGGGACAUAUAACAACAUAUGAUAGUAAACGACCUGCCACAAAUGUACAAGAACAUAACAAAUCAAGUGUACAUGUAGAAUCAGAGAUCACUCAACCAGGUGUAUGUGUAAAACCAGAAGACAGUAAGCCAAGUGAACUAGCAACAUCAGAACAUCCUAAACCAGAGGUACAUACAAAAAAAGAUACAGCAGUCUUCACAGAACAUAUUACCUUAGCUGCACAUCUAAUGAGAGAACAUUCUAAACAUGUAAAACCUGAAGACAGUAAACCAGUAACAAUGGAACAUCCUAAACCAGGUGUAGGUUUAAAACCAGAAAACAGUAAACCAGGUAUACCAGGAUCAAAUGAGCAUCCUAAACCAGGUGUAGGUGUAAAACCAGAAAACAUUAAACCAGAUAUACCAGUACCAAAUGAGCAUCCUAAACCAGGUGUACGUUUAAAAUCAGAACACAGUAAACCAGGUGUACUGAUAACAACAGAUCAUCCUAAGCCAGAUGUAGCAGUAACAACAGAACACCCUAAACCAGUUUUACGUGUAAAAUCAGAACACAGUAAAACAGGUAUACAAGUUACAGCAGAAUACCCUAAACCAGGUGUACCAAGAACAGUAGAACAUCAAAAACCAGAUAUACAUGUAAAAUCAGAAGACGGCAAACCAGGUUUACCAGUAACAACAGAACCAAGUAUAUAUGUAAAGCCAGGAGAUAGUAAACCAAAUGUAUCUGUUUCAGGAGAACAUUCUAAACCAAGUGUCCCAAAAAGAACACAGCAUCCUAAACCAGUAACAAAAGAACAUACUAAACCAGGUACACCAGUAACAACAGAGCAUCCUAAGCCAGGUGUUCCAAUAAGAAGAGAACACCCUAAUGUAGAUAUUCCAGUAAAAACAGAGCAUCCUAAGCCAGGUGUUCCAAUAAGAACAGAACACCCUAAACUAGAUAUACCAGUAACAACAGAGCAUACUAAACCUGGUUUAUGUGUAAAAUCAGAACACAGUAAACCAGGUUUAUUCGUUACAACAGAACACCCUACACCAGGUGUACGUUUAACAGCAGAACAUUCUAAGCCAGGUGUUCCUGUAACAACACAACAUUCUACACUAGACACACCAGUAACAAUAGAACAUCUUACACCAGGUUUACGAGUAAAAUCAAAACAUAGUAAAACAGGUGUAGCAGUUACAACAGAACACCCUAAACCAGUUACACAUAUAACAGCAGAACAACCUAAACCACGUGUACCAAUAACAGAACAUUUAAAACCAGAUAUGCAUGUAACACCUGAAGACAGUAAACCAGGUUUACCAGUAACAGCAAAACAUCCUAAACUAGCUGUACCAAAAACAACAGAACAUCCUAAACCAGAUGUACCACUAACAAAAGAGCAUCCCACACCAAAUGUACCAGUAACAAUAGAAAAUCUUAAACCAGGUUUGCAUGUAAAAUCAGAACACAGUAAAACAGUGGUACCAGUAACAAAAGACCAUCCUAAACCAGGACUGCCAGUAUCAACAGAGCAUCCUAAACCAGAUGAACCAGCACCAAUGGAACAUCCUAAUCCAGUGUCACGUGCAAAAUCAGAAGCCAGUAAAUCAAGUGUACCAGUUACAACAGAACAUUUUAAACCUUUACGUGUAACAACAGAGCAUCCUAAACCAGAUGAACCAGUAACAAAAGACCAUCUUAAACCAGGGGCAGCAGUAACAACAGAUCAUCUUAAACCAGUUUUACGUAUAAAAUCAGAAGGCAGUAAACCAAGUAUACCAGUUACAACAGAACAUUUUAAAUCAGGGGUACCUGUAACAACAGAACAUCCCAAACCAGGUAUACAUGUAACGCGAGAAGACAGUAAAGCAGGUGUACCAGUAAUCACUGAACAUCCUAAACCAGUCGUAUGUGUAAAACAAGAAUACAGUAAACCACAUGAGCCAGUGACAACAGACCUUAAACCAGGUGCACCAGUACCAAAAGAACAUACUAAAAAAGGCAUUCCUGUUAAAGCAGAGCAGACCAAACCAGCAUUAGAAUACACUAAACCAGUUGUGUCUUUAUUGAAAGAAGAAGCUUUAACAAAUGAACAUCCUAAGGCACCUUUGAGAAGAGAACGUCAUAAACCAAAUGUUCAUGUACAAAAAGAACACCAUGAACUAGAGCCAUUGUGUAAAGAAUCCGGAAACCUAGAAAUGCUUGUAAAACUAAAAGGUUUUACAUCAGAUAGAGUUCUAAUAAAUAAUUGUAUUAUGGAACCUGCUAAAUCUGAGGUUCAUGCAACCAAAGAUUCCGCUGAGGCCAAACCGAAGGACUUUUCGCAUCUAGGUAAUUCCCACCUAGAAAUGAAAAAAGAUCCAACCUUGGUGCCUGAAGAAAAAGGCCAAAUAUCAAAGCAUACUUUCCCAUCUAAAGAACAUACUAAGACAAAAAUGGGUGUGCUCACUGACAAAGAAGAUCUAAAUAAAGUGAGAGACAUGCAUACAUGGAUGGAGAGAGACCAGGUCAUUUCAAUGAAGGAAUUAGAAUCCAAAGAAGAUUUCACUGGAAGACAAGGAAAUUCAGGGUCUGACAAGCAACCAAUUUAUGUUGAAACUCCAAAAAAGCCCUUAAAUGAAUUAUAUUUGUCUGUUCAAGAAGCCCAGCAAACUCCGGAACAGAAAUUAAAAAUACGGAAUAGUCCGGGGAACACAGGAAUCAUACAACAGAGGGAAAACAAAGAGGAGAUGGAGGGACUGCAAUACUAUGCCAUUACUAACCAUGAUACUGAAGUGCAAGCUAAAGGCGCAUUGCUCAACUCAUCCCAAAAAACUGAGAUGGCACUGAGGACGAGGGAAAUGGAGAACUCUGGGAGAGUGCUCGAUGACGGCAGGUGGACUCACAACACAACGUACCCUGCUCAAGCCCCUGUGCUUUCCCCACUACCUGAUACUUCCUCGCCAUCUCUGGGGAAGCCCACAUUGUUCAAGGUGAAGGACAACACCUUCAAAACAUCACCUGUAACCAAAACAGUAAAGCCAUAUUUCCACAAGACAUUUCCAGAAGAUCUCCAACUCUCUUCCCCUAUCGGUUCUGAGAAGGGAGAGGACUGGCAUGAUGCCAAUUCAGAAGAAACCAAAGUCAUCCAACAUGCUGUUGGUCUAUCAAACCGAUUCCAGCAACCGAAGGAGCAUUCACCUCGCAGUGCCCUGUUUCCCUCAGAUUCUACCGCCACAAAGGAACCACAUGGUUAUUUCAGGAAGAAUCCUGCCCUAGAGGAGGAUGAAUGCUGCUCGAUAGGGAGUGCUUUGUCAGAAGAGAGCUGUGCUGCAGGUACAGCAGAUGUGACAAAUGACAGGGCUGGAAUCCUUGGGGUAACAGAGGGGCCUGAAAUCGUGAGAGGUAUCAGUGAGAGGCCAGAACCAACCUGCAGUGUCAAUGAAGGGAAGACAUUCGGCAAACCACCAGUAGUUCCCCUCAAGACAGAGAAGGCCCUCCGUCGUGCCCAGAAGCUAACAACACGAAGAAUAAAGAAGGCUGAGGGUAAAGUGAGGCCUGAAGGAACAUGGCACCUGGAUCAGACCUCCCUUCGCAUGGUGUCCAGUGAGCCACCAUCCCCUACGGGGCAGCUGCUGUCACAGCAUCUUGCACCCAGCCCAAAUGCCGCUCCACGGUACUGCAUGGAUCCUGGCUACGUCCCCUCAGCCCCAAAGCUGGUGGCUCAGCCCUUCCCACUAACCGAAAGGAAGCUCCUCCAGGACCCAAACUCUGGUCAGUACUUUAUGGUUGAGGUGCCAGUGCCGGUCAAGACAAAAACCUUUUUUGAUCCUGAGACAGGAAAGUACAUUCAGCUGUCAGUCCGCCAAUCGCCAGAAGGCACCUUGUCGCCAGCAUCGUCAGUGGAGUUGUUGACCCCCCCGUAUCUUCUGUACCCCGGCUUCCUAACUUUGCCUGUCGCGUCUGUGCCCCCUCUGAGGUCCUCUUCCCAGAUGUCUGCGCCAGCCGCCCUGGCAGAGGACCAGGAGAUGCUGGAGCUGAACGACCCCUGGGUCCAGAAGGGCUACUGCCCCGAGUUAGGCCAGGACUCACAGAUGUACAUUGAACCUGUGUACAUGCAACAUGAGCAGCCUCAGGAGCCAACACUCACUGAGAGCAAGAGCAGCCAGAGAAAACUCAAUAUUAUCUCGAUGAGCGAACUGGAGGAUUUUGCUGUGGAAAGCACAUGACGUCUUGGGACUGAAAACUAAAAGAAAUGAAUGAUGUUACAGUAUAUAUGUAUAUACACAUAUCUGAGGCAAUAUGAAUGUAUAUCAGACUUAUUGACACACAAAGAUGGAAUUAUUUCUUAAAAUGACUGGCAAUAAAAUAUGCAUGCAUUCACAUGCACUUGGAAAGAAAUGUCCUAUAAUAAUAUGUAAUGUAGAUUUAUUUUUAUUGUUUAUUGAAGCUGAAGUUUUAAAUGAGUUAUUUGACAAAGCAGUGCAAUUUAUUUAGCUCUGCUUAAAGAUACCAUUCCAUUUCAGAUAUCCUCAGUCAAGAAGCGAUAAAUUGUGGGUAUAUUUGGGUAUAUUGUGAUCUAAGCCCAUUCCCUAGGAACUAGGUGUUAGAAGCCCACCUAAAGAUGGUUAAACUCCAGAGCAUAAGCAUUGCAAUAAAACUGCAUGAAGCUGUUCCGAUGGAUAGCGUAUUAGGAUGAUAAUUUAUAUGAUAGAAUUCAAGCACACCUAUGGUUUUGAGUCUUAGUAAAGAAUGAGUCAGACUGAUCAUUUUUGUCACACGGGUUAUGUUUGAAAUUGCGAUUCCCGGAGCGUUUCAAACUGUGGAGGUCUGCUUGUGGCAGGUACAAGCCACAGUGCUCCGAAAUGCACUGCCGCUGUGCUGUCUGCAGAUUUGGGUGAGGAAUGUUACUGACAUUUACAUUCAGAAUGCACAUAAUUGUGUACUUUAUAUAGCUGUUGAAAACAAUUCAGGUAUGAAGUUGGUGCUUCAAGCCAAAGGAAGGCUUUGUUCUUGUACCCUUGGUGACCUACAUAACCUGAAUUAAAUCUAUUAAAAAAUAUGGAUUGUCUCCAUUAAAUAUG